AUGUCCGUUUGCCGGAUUUCGUACGCCAUUUGGCUUGCACUUUGUUACUUUGUGUCUCAUUCGAAUGCUAUUCUCCGUACAUACAACUUGACGGUGCAUAAUGACGUUAAAGCUCCGGAUGGUGUCAGCCGCGAAGUCUUUCUAAUCAAUGGUCAGCUACCGGGGCCCCUAAUCGAGGCAGACGAAGGCGACGAUCUGGAAAUCUUUGUCAAGAAUGACCUCCCCGUUGAUACUUCUCUUCACUGGCACGGGAUUUUGCAAAGGGGUAGUCCCGAUAUGGAUGGAGUGCCUGGUGUCACGCAGUAUCCCAUACCUCCUGGCGGUAACUUCACCUACAGAUUCUCGAUCAAAGAUCAGUAUGGCUUCUUCUGGUAUCAUUCCCACGUUAGAGCAUACUACAAUGACGGCAUAAGAGGGCCACUCUUGAUACGACCAUCUCCCCAAAGACUGCGGCCAUUUGAAAAGCUUGCUCAUAGCCCACACGAGCGUGAUAUCAUUCUGCAGACGGAGAGGGACGCUACAUCCAUUCUUUUGAGUGACUGGACACAUGAACUUUCGGACACCAUUUACGCUCGAUACUUUGAGACAGGCGCUUUUCCAAAUUGUGUCGACAGCAUCCUUGCCAAUGGAUUCGGGAGGGUUGAGUGUUUACCGGACUAUAUGCUCCAGGCAGGACCCAAUAUGGGAUAUGAAGAUAUGAACCAGCGUUCUUCAUCAAUGAUGGCAAUGUCAAUGGCGAAACGAAUGGACAUGGACAUGGACAUGAGCACGGACGCAUCCGCCACAUCUUCUCAGAUGUCAACAGCUACAAUGACGAUGUCGGACAUGUCACCGUCCAUGACUUCAUUGAGUCCCCGUGGCUGUAUGCCGCCAAUGAUGUUUAGGCAAGGGUACAAUGCCAGUUCACUCCCACCUGAGACCUGCACCAAUACUUCGUCGUCCUUGCUCACCAUCCCUGCGGAUCACACGAGUGGUUGGCUCGCGCUGAAUCUGGUCAACUCCGGUGCAGUCAGCAAGCUACAUGUCUCUCUGGAUGCACACUCUAUGUUUGUCUAUGCUGCCGACGGAUUGUAUGUGGAAAUACAAGAGGUGAAGGUCCUGGAAAUAGAGAUCGGCCAACGGUACUCAGUGAUGAUUCGACUUGAUCAGAAACCGGGGAAUUACUAUCUCAGAUUCGCAUCAUACCCCAAUGGUGACAUGCAACAAGUGCUUGAAGGGCAAGCUAUUGUGUCCUAUAACAUGAGCAUGAUGAGCAGCAGAACCCCAAUGAACGUCACGGUCGAUCCCUCAACCAUUUGGAUGUUGACCAACGGAUCAGCCAAACCUGAUACCAGCGUACUUAAUCCUCAGUUGCUUUCUCCCUUCGCGCCUGUCAACCCUCCCUCAUCACCAGCAGAUCAGACAUACACUUUCACAAUUAACCAGACCGACAUUGUGACAUGGGUAGUGAAUGACGCCUCAUACUCUGAGCCAAAAAUACCAAUCAUCCAGGGCAACGUAUCAGACGGUUGGCAGGCGAAUACAACCAUCCAUGUGCCGUCUAACUCAACGAUUGAUAUUAUUAUGAGAAUUGCAAAUGAUUCGAUGGAUACGAUGAGCCAUCCCAUGCACCUACACGGCCACACUUUCUGGGUGCUUGGGUCCGGUACCGGCUCUUUCCCGUAUGAUUCCGCGACGGACGCCCCAGAAUCCCUAAUAAAUCUUCGAAAUCCUCCUUAUCGUGACACAACUAAUCUUCCUCCGUCAGGAUGGGCCGUGAUCCGAUAUGUUACGGAUAAUCCCGGCGCGUGGAUCUUUCACUGCCAUAUCCAGUGGCACAUGGUGAGCGGCAUGGCACUUGUCCUUGUUGAAGGACAGGAUCAAUUUCCCGCCCUGAUUGGUCAGUCUAAUGGUACCACAACUGCUACGUCAGUGGCGCCGAUGCGUCAUAUCAGCUCUCGUCAGACUGCUUUGACUGCUGCGGCUCUCAGUCUCAUGAUGUUGUGA